GAACCACUUUGGUGGAUGAGAAAUCAACAGGAACAGAGCUGCAUUUGGCCGGUUUUGGAUUCAUGGAUUGUUAUGUUAUGAUUGAAUAAUUUGUGUUUAUGAUUUACUUUUGAACCGCGUCCCUUCAAUAAGGAUUCCAUGUCUUUUCCGGCAAGGGCACGCUAUCUUCUCUCAUUCUCUUACAUUGGCUCCCCUUUCAAUGCCAGUGCAAGAACUUCGAAGGAUAUUGACCUUACAACUGUCAUUGGUUGCUUGGAGCGUGCCUUCCACAAUAAACGCAAGAAACUUGGCAUAGAUGAUAUAUCACCUCUAGUAAUAUCAAGCAGGACGGACAGGAGAGUACAUGCUCUUCUAAAUACAGCCCAUGUUGACUUCACUGUUGAAGACAAAUGUUACAGUGCAAAUAAUUUAUUAACCACUGUAAAUUAUUAUUUUCGAAAACGGCACCUGCCUUUGAGAAUUAUCUCCAUUCAACAGGUUUCUCAAGAUUUCAAUGCUCGAACUUGGGCUAAACAACGAUCUUAUUUGUACAGAAUCGCUGUCCCAAAAGCUCACUGUGAAAAUGAAGCAAUCCCUAUCUCUGAAGUAGAUCGUUGUUUUUUUCUCAGCGUGAGCAACUUUAAUAUUGAAGCAGUUGAAGAAGUAUUGUCCAUUUUUCCUGGAGUUCAUGAUUUUAGUUCAUUCUCUGGGAAACCAUCAAGAGCACUUGUGGACCGCACUCCAAUUCGGCAUGUUGAUUCUUGUUGUAUUAGGCGUGGGAACGCUUUAAUGCCGCUUCUGUAUGAGCCGUCAAUAAAUAAUUUUGACUUUUGGGAUUUUAUCAUUGAAGGAAGAUCUUUUUUGUAUCGUCAGGUGCGACGGAUGGUUGCUGCUGCAAUAGCAGUUGGACUUGGGAGACUGAGUGUAGCUGAUGUGCGAAGAUCACUUGAAUUGUCCACACCCAUCCCACUUUCACGUCCAGUUGCUCCUGCUUAUGGUUUAUAUUUGGCCAAAGUGACUUAUAAGAAAGAGGACUUGCUUGUUAAUAGAACUACAUAUGUCAACCAGGAAUAUAAAAAAUUAGUCAAUCUCCUGGAUGAAUAUAAGUUAUCCCUGAAAAAUUAAACCAAGGUCAAAAGCAGACAGUCAGU